UAUCUCAUUGUACACUUUCAAAAAAAAGAAAAAAACUCAAAACGAAGAAGAGGCUGAAAAACCAGAAGAAAAAAUGUUUCGGAGGCUUUACACCACCGUCGAUGCUCCUCGCCUGACCAAAUUCUAUCUUCACGCUCCAAAAUGUGUAGAAGUGGAAUUUUCCAAUGGCAGUGCAUUUAACUUGUCAGCUGAGUUUUUAAGAAUAUAUAGUCCAGCUGCUGAUGGAAGGGUUAGGUCAAUUGGGGGUGAGAAGGUGAUUUCGGGUCGAAGUCAAGUGGGAAUCAUGUCUGCAGAACCUGUGGGAAACUAUGGGGUAAGGAUAAUCUUUGAUGACUUGCAUAAAACUGGAAUUUAUUCAUGGGAUUACUUUCAUCAUUUGGGAACCAACAAGUUUAACCUCAUGAGGAAUUACAUCAAAUUGCUUAAAAAGCACAGACUUAGCCGCGAUCCACCUAAAAGAAAAUGAUUGAGAUGAAAUUUCCUCCAAUCUUCUAAAGCUUUAACUGUUGUUGUAGCUUUGUUCAUUUUGGCUAUUUUUUGUUUUGUUUGUUUGUUCAAUUAAUAGAGUUUGAGAGAGAUGGUAUAGUGUUUUGCAAGUGAUCAUAUGAAUAUUAAUGCUAAUACCGAAUAAUAACACAAAAAUGUAUAGUAAAUUCUCAAUUCUAAUAGUAAUAGAAUUCAAAGAAAA